AUGCCUCCAGUUACUUUAACAUCAGAUGUCACUGCUCCACCAUACACUCUAUCCGAUUGCACAGACCAAGAAAAACUAUCUAAUCUCACCGAACCAACUCAUCCAAUUUUUAAUCUUUGUCUUCCAAAAUGUAUAAAUGCUUUAAAAUAUUAUAGAUCUCUUAAGGAGGAUCCUAUCAACCAAGUCAAAUAA